AUUACACCAAAAGAGUUAGUGGUGCAUAAACGAAAAAAUUCUGAUGCUUCUGAAGAAAACGUUUCUUUCCAUGGUCAUAAUUCAUAAAAUUAGUUUGAAUAAUCAGAUCAAAUAACAUGAACAUGAGCAAUGAUUUGAUUUGUACUUCUUACCGAAUAGUGUCAACUUUCAAUUUUACUUUAGUGAAGCUGUUUGCAGAAAUAGCUCUGUAAAAACAUCUAGCUUGCAGAACCAUUUAUUAUUGCCAUCAUGCCCACGCGCUCUUUUUUCUUCAAUGCCAAACAAGCUGGCUUAUUUUCUCAAGUUAGACAGGCUACUUUUUUUAUGCUUUCCUUUGAUUACAAAAUAUACCAAGCCUCAGCAAGAAACCUUUUAUUUCGAAGAUGCGGCAAUUGUCAAGGCAAUGUUGUGUUUGCAAUGCAAAAUGAGCCUUCUCAACUUGAAGACUCUAUCUAUUGUCCAAAUUGCAAAAAGAUGGUUACCAAUUGCAAGAUCUAUUACAAGCUCGGUUUAGUAGUUGUAGACAUUGUUAAAAAUAAAUUUGAUGCGAUCAUUGCUUACGAGAGAGUAGCAGAGGCGUUAAUCGGAUGCUCAGCUGAGACAUUUCUUGAGCAUUGGAAACAAGAUCCUUCCUUAAGUCAGAGAUUAGAAGACAGACUUGUAGGCAUGUAUUGCACAGUCUCUUUUGGACCAGAUAAAAAGACAUUAAGAAAGCCAUUUGAUGACAACGCCAAACGAGCCAAAUCGAUUCAACUAAGAUAUCAAGAGAAUGUGAAUCUUAUUGACAUAGUUCUCAAUACAAAGCAUGAAAUCAAAUAUAGUCCUUCUAUCAUGGCUGACUAAAUCCUUUUCUUUUUGUAUAAUUUUAUUGGUGUGAUAAAAUAGAGAUGGAGUGAAAUUAACUGUAGAUUGUGUUAUAUGGAUAUCUAUGUUCAAACAAUGUAUAUGUAUAUAAAGUUCUAUACACGCAGUUAAUCGUGUACAUUGACAACACUAUAUCGUCUUUGUAAACUAGCUCUCUUAUUUGUUGAUGAUUGUUGUUGAUCUUCACUACCGCCCUCUAAAUCACCAGCACCCAUGAUAAUUCUUUGAAUAGUACCUCGUCUCAAACUUUCGCUGUAGUCACAAGGAAAAUGAUCGUUCAAAAAGAAUGGGAAAAUG